AAAGAUGAUUGCAGCAAAAUCUGUAAAGCUUACUGAAAUCUUAUUUCUGAUGUAAUCAAUCUAAUACCUAAAACAGUCUCUAUUGCGAUUUGAAAAUAAAGUUCUCUGUCAACGUUUCAGUUGGUGCAUUCUGCUAAGGUUUAGUCGGAGAAAUUGAAGAUACUUUUUGCACGAGAAAAGUUUCAGUUGAAAAGACGAUUCGAAAAGGAGCCUACUUCUGAAAUAAGGAAAAAGAAACCCACUAAAGAGAUGGAAUUAGGAAGUAGCAGUGGAGCGUCUUGUGAGUUGCCAGCAGCAGCUGCGUCCGAUCAUCAUUCGGAAGAUUCUGAAGAAGAACCUCCUGAGAGUGAGUCGGAGUCUCCAGAUGAACGGACUGCCUUGCACCGGGCUAUAGAAGAAGGAGAUGAGGAGAGAGUGAGGGAGUUGCUGGCCAGUGGCUUCGAUGCCCGUGUCCCAGAUCGACAGGGAGAGAAGCCCCUCCACACCGCUACCUACUUCAAUAGGACGGCAAUAGCAGAGAUCCUGAUGGAGACAGACGACAGAAUCGACGUGGAGGACGAUGAGGGGCGCACCCCUCUGCACUAUGCUGCAAGGUUCGGACACAUGGGAAUGAUCAGGAAACUGCUUGCUGCUGGAGCAAAUCCGCGUUUCCAAGAUGAAUGGAGACAGACGCCCCUCCACCUCGCACUGUACUUUCGGAACGAUGCUGCAGUGGAGCUCCUGCUGGAUGCUGACAGCGGGAUAGACAUUCAAGAUGAGGACGAGAGGACUCCUCUGCAUCAUGCUGCUACGAGAGGAUGUGUUGACGCGGCAAGGAGGAUGCUGUUCAGCGGCGUGCGCCCUCACGUCAUGGAUAUCGAUUCACAGUAUCCUCUGCAAGAGGCACUUAACGAAGGACAUGAGAGGGUUGUGAAAGUGAUCCUCGCGUGGUGUGCCUGGAGAGACAUUGCCAUGGACUGGGAUGAGAUGAAGCUUCCCCAGGAACAGACGCGGCGCUGUAUCCGUCUACUCUCCGAGUGCCAUAAGGAGAUCCAGAGGAUGGAGGAUACCCGGGUGCUUCAAUCAAGGGUGUCUUUCUGUGAGGUUGCUAGGCGACAUGCGUGCUGGGUCACCCCGUAUCUCACUAGCGAAACUAUUCGCCGUGUCUUACAAAGUGGUUGUGUGAGGCUGGAUUUUCCGAUCUACUGCGAUCUCAUCACAAUGAAACUGAGGAGGGCAAAGCAGAGGAGAGCCCUCACUGAUCGCAGUCUGGAUUGCUUUUCACUCCUGUGGGCUCCCCUACCAUCGCCAGUCACCGAUAUCUUGAUGUUCUGUCUGAGUGACAGUGACUUGCGAAACCUCAUCAGAGCUAUCGAAUUCGAACCUUGAAAAUGGACCUUACAAACUGUGUGGCAAUGGUCCAUGUAACUUUUCGUCUUCACGUAUUCUAAUUGAGUACUUGGUAUUGUAGCGCUAAAGAAACUCGUUUUAUCUAAUAAUCCGUGAACUUACAAUGUAUAUGAUAGACGUACGUAGCGCUUAUACAGACAUGCGAUUGCGUGGAAAAUGCUAAAAAUAGUUAUAAAUAAAAACAGAAUGUGAGUUUUCACCAAUUUUCUGAUAAGGAGCCAAGAGACCUUAAAACAGGAAAAUGUAAUAUUUAAAAAAAAAAGUACCAUUUGAAUCGUUCAUCAUCCCUUUACUACAUUUCUAAAUUUGAAAUAUUCAAAAGAUAUUUUUUUUAGAAAGAACUCUUUUUAAGUCGGAAAAACGCUUGUGUUAAUGAACGGUAGAAAGUCUGCUUUUUUCGUCUGCUACAGUACCCCCAACGACGGUUGAUACCCGCAAGUGACGUCAUGUGAAUAGAGUUUGUUGCAUGCAUUCAUUCCUCCCGUUAGUGCGCAUGUUUUGUCAUCGCGAUCUGCACGGAGGAUAUGAAGUUUCCAUUGGAUGCGGAGCAACGCUGCCUCCACAUUCUCAAUCAGUGAUAGUCGUAGAUCCGGAAGAUAAGAAGAUGUCUUUCUACUAUGUUUGCAUGGUGUGUGAGCGUGCGUUGUGCAAUAUAAAACUAUGAAUUCUGAAUAGUUGUAACUUCAAGUGAUGUUCUUAUAUUUUAUGC